CUGUCCCCUCCAAUCGGUCAUCAAGCCUCCGCCACCUCGCCGCUGCGUCGCCGUCGACGUCGUAUCCCCUUCCCGUGCCGUCACCCCUCGUCGUCGAGCCGCCCCCGGCCAUCGCCUGCGCCGACCGUUUCGCGUCCUGUCGGCCAAGCCACCAUCUCUGUACCCCGACUCUCUCUCCUCGAGGCAGCCUCUUUCCGUCUAUUCGCGGUCGUGGGCAACACCAGAUCUGAGGUCGCCCGAAGCCGACGAGGCCGGAUCUGGGCUUGGCGAGAUUGGAAGCGAUGGUCCUCCACUCCCCACUCAUUGCUUGAAGGAAGGCCGCAGGUGACUUCCAGGCGAACGCAGCGAAAGUGAGAGAUCUCUCUCCGUUGCGUCAUCAAGUUGUUACAAGGAUCAGACUCGGACUUCCCAAGUCACCGGACAGACCCAAUUGGGAGAUCCAUCUCUGCAUCGUCCUUCCACAAUGAAGAGAAAGAGGGAGGAAAAAGAGACGGAGACGGCAGCUUCAACAAGCAGUAGCCGAGAUGACGGAUCGGGGAGUGGCUAUGAGGUGUUCCUGAGUUUCAGAGGGCCCGACACCCGCUUAACCAUGGCUGAUUGUCUCUACAAUGGCCUGAUUGGUGCAGGGAUCCAUGCUUUCAAAGACAACGAAGAGCUCCGAUUUGGCGAAGAGAUCGAAGGUGGCCUCUUGCAGGCGAUCAAUGACUCCAGAAUUUACAUCCUGAUUUUCUCCCAAGACUAUGCAUCAAGUAAGUGGUGCCUCCGUGAACUGGCACGCAUAGUGGAGCUAUCGAGAGCUGACGAUGAGAAAGUGAUCCUCCCUAUAUUUUACUACGUGGACGUGGAUGAUGUCAAGCUUAAGACUAAGUUAUAUCGGAAAGCCCUUCGGAAGCACAAGAGCGAAUAUGGGAAAGAUCUAGCAAAGAAGUGGAAGAAGGCUUUAAGAGAGGUUGCCAGAAUUAGAGGAAGGAAUCUAAAAGAUCACGGGUAUUAUUUGCUUAUCCAUUGACUUUAUUUUCUUUGUUGAAAUUUUCGAUUUCUCAUUCCUUUAAAGAAUAGUUCUUCGAUUUG